GACUUCGAAAGCGAAACGGACAGCGAUUACACAAGUUACUGGCGCGAUUGGCUAUCAUUAAGGAUCCACCAUGGCUGUGAAGCAUCGGCAAGACGCGCCAUGGAUCAGAUCUCCAAAAGGCGAAGCCUGCCAGCGCUCGGGUUGACACAGAGCAUUGACAGGGGAUCGCGCCCCUCGCAAACACCUAUUACACAGCCCAUGUCAGCACUCAAAGACAACUCAUGAUAGCUUCAAUACAUAUUCUACCAAAAUGCUGACCAAUGUCUUGCAGUUCAUAUCCUCGCGCGGCAACGAAUACUUCUGCGAAAUUGACGAAGAAUACCUCACCGAUCGCUUCAAUCUGACAGGACUCAACGUAGAAGUGCAAUACUAUCAAUAUGCGCUGGAUCUCGUAACAGACGUCUUUGACCUAGAUUGCGACGAUGACAUGCGGGAGCAAAUCGAGAAGAGCGCGAGACAUCUAUACGGACUGGUACAUGCGCGAUAUAUUGUUACGACGAGAGGGCUGGCAAAGAUGCUCGACAAAUUUAAGAAAGCCGACUUUGGGAAAUGCCCACGCGUGAUGUGCACCUCGCAACCGCUCCUCCCGAUGGGCCAGUCCGACGUACCCAACACCUCCCCGGUCAAGCUCUACUGUGCGCGCUGUGAAGACAUCUACAACCCCAAAUCCUCACGCCAUGCCGCCAUCGACGGCGCCUACUUCGGAACCUCGUUCCAGAAUAUUCUAUUCCAGGUAUAUCCGUCGAUGAUGCCGGCGAAGACACAACGGCGGUACGAGCCACGGGUGUUUGGAUUCAAGGUUCAUGCGGCUGCAGCAUUGAUGCGGUGGCAAGCGAUGCAGAGGGAUGAUAUGAAGGAUCGAUUGCAAGCGGCGAAGGUGGAGAGUGGGUUCGAGGAGGAGGAUGAAGAGAUGGAGAGUGAGGACGAGUUGGACGACGAGAUGGAGGGAGAACAGGUCGCACCCCCAUUAUGAUAAUAAGAGAAGGUAAUUACGUUGCGCAAGUGGCAUUGUCAGGUGUUCGGCGUUUGUUUGUUAUAGCAGGCUCAGGUGCGGACUUGGUGUAUAGACUCGCACCGUUCUUUUCAGUAUCUUAGACCUGACAUGUCCGAUCCCCGUUGCUGAUCUUAUCUACUGAUCAUUCCGAAUGUGUGAUUCAUAGGCCUCUAGCUCAUGAUAGUCACAUUGUGUAGAGCUGAGAACACAUCAAUACACACGCACGAAAGUCACGUUUACAGCAAGAGAAUCG